UCUGAACACUUCCUGAUAUAAGGUUUAGACUGUGAUUGUGUCAUGUAAGUCGGUCGUCGGUCUUCAACUCAAACAAUAGGUUUCAGCAGUUGUUUUUAGUGCUGGGCUGCAGCGACGUUUCGUCUGUGUUUCCCUGGUGUGCAGUAGACAGAGAGCAUGGAUUACUGGAGUGCCUUGGAAGUGUAUAAGGAGAUGCUUCUGCUGUACUGUGAAAAAGCAAGGCAGUAUGUCAACUCCCAGUGUGCUGAUCUGGAGCCAUGGCAGAUCAUUGCAGCAACACUGCUGCUCACCGUUGGGGCAGUGAGGGCCAAGGCUUUCCUGUUUCAGCAGGAGAGUCUGACGUCUCGAAUCAAGAAGCAGGCCUUUCGACUCAUCAGAAAAAUCCCAUUCAUUGGCUCAUCUAUCCAGAAAAAGCUGAACAAAGCACUGGAUGACAUGUCAGUAAGUGUUUGCACCCUGAAGGAGGGAAUGAGCUACACUAAACUCCUUCCAGCACAGGGCCUCACCCAGAAACAAGUCCUGGACAGUAUCAGGCAGUACCAGACACUGAAUGAAGUGCAGUGGACCAAAGGUAAAGUGUCGGGUGCCGUCUACUGGGGGGAUGAGAAACUCACAGAACUCCUCGUUAAGGUAUACGGUGAGUUUGCCUGGAGUAAUCCCCUCCACCCAGACAUCUUCCCUGGAGUAAGAAAGAUGGAAGCAGAGGUGGUGCGGAUGGCAUGUACGCUCUUCAAUGGCGGGCCAGAAUCCUGUGGCACAGUUACAUCUGGUGGAACUGAAAGCAUUCUGAUGGCCUGUAAAGCUUACAGAGAUAUGGCUUAUGAAAGAGGAAUCAAUCAUCCAGAGAUAAUUGCACCAAUCAGUGUUCAUGCUGCUUUUGACAAAGCGGCGCAUUACUUUGGAAUGAAGCUCAUUCAUAUACCUUUGGAAAAGAAGACCAUGAAAGUUGAUGUGAAGGCCAUGAAGAGAGCCAUCUCUAAGAACACAGCCAUGCUGGUGUGCUCUGCCCCACAAUUCCCUCAUGGAAUCGUGGACCCUAUUGUUGAAGUAGGAAAGUUGGCAGAAAGGUACAACAUCCCUUUCCAUGUGGAUGCCUGCUUGGGCGGGUUCCUUAUAGUGUUCAUGGAAAAGGCUGGAUUCAAACUUGAGCCGUUUGACUUCCGAGUCAAAGGUGUGACAAGCAUUUCAGCAGACACACACAAGUAUGGCUAUGCUCCAAAAGGCUCAUCAGUGGUGCUCUACAGCGACAAGAAAUAUCGCCACUAUCAGUUCUUUGUGGCACCUGACUGGCAAGGGGGGAUUUAUGCAUCUCCUUCGAUGGCUGGUUCUCGCCCUGGGGGCAUCAUCGCUGCUUGCUGGGCCACCAUGAUGCACAUGGGAGAGAAUGGCUACGUAGAUGCCACUAGAAAGGUGGUUCAGACUACUCGCACCAUUGCAGCAGGCCUCCGCAAAAUAGAAGGAAUAUUUGUGUUUGGAAACCCAGAGGUGUCAGUGGUGGCCAUUGGCUCAGAUGACUUUGAUGUCUUCCGUUUAUCAAAUGCACUCACAUCCAAGGGCUGGAACCUCAACACUCUUCAGUUCCCAUCUAGCAUUCAUAUUUGCGUAACUAUGCGACACACAAUGCCUGGUGUGGCUGAGCAUUUCAUCAAUGAUGUGAAGGAAGGAGUAGCCGUUAUAAUGAAGAAUCCAAAAGAGAAAACAACAGGGAUGGGAGCAAUCUAUGGAAUGGCACAAACCAUCCCUGACCGGUCCUUGGUGACAGAGAUAUCCUGCGGUUUCCUGGACUGCCUCUACAGCACUGAAGUACCCAAGGUCCAGAAGAACCACCACACCAGCAAGAGGAACCACAUGAAUGGGAGCUCCAAAACACACUGAGUCUGGAUCGGCUGCAAGACUAUCUGUCUGCAUCUUGCCAGUGGGUCACUCGUCAUGUUGUCUCCAGUAAUUCACUAACUUUACUGUCGCUCAUUUCAGUCGCUCAUUUCAGUCACCCAUUUACUCAUUUCUCACUUAAGCACAAGCCAUAGUUCUUGUUUGGGCAUUUUUUUUACUGUCCUGAAGAUUGAGGAUUUACUGUAGGUAUCAUGGUAUCACUGUCAGCGUAGAAAGUUCAGGGACAUCUUCCUCUGUAAGUUGGGAAAAAACAUGUUAUGUCUUUUUGAUAAUUAUGGCAUCAGUUUACUACCGGUUCUCCUUUUGUCAUUCAGAUACAUUUCUGGCCGUCCAGAUGGAGAUAACUGCUCAGAAUGAACUCUCAGGUUAUCAUUAAAUUGAGCAUUUAAUAGAACAUUAAACAUAAUGCUCCGGUGGGUCUGAAGCACAUCGUGGUCCAGACUUGCACUUAAUGUUUCACCACAGUUAAUUGCGUAAUACAAGCGAAAAUAACAUUAGAAGGGAACCAAUUCCUGUGAAGUCUCUACAGUGCUGCUAGAAAGUAUAUGAACCAGAGUUCUUCACAAAUAUGCCAUUAAAAAUAUAAUCAAGUCUACAUUUGUGUUUCAACUACACAAAAAGAACCCAGCUAAAUGAAUUGAGAAAAAAUCAGCAUUUGCCUAAUGAUCAAUUUACCUUAAAUAAUAUAUUGGGUUUUUACGACUUUCUAUAACAUGAAGUAAAUGAAAUACAGGUUUUAUCAGCAUACAGCAUCACAUUUGGGUUCUCUGGAUCUAGUUUAGAGACUUAUUUAAAGAUCUAAUCAAAUUUUAGGUCAAAUUUAAAGAAAAUCUUUCUAAAGAACAAACUUUCUAGCAUCACUGUUUGCUAUAAUACUGAUUGUAAUCACAUUGAUUGUGAAUGUUUGUGCAACUUCAUUAAUGUUAAGCAUGAAAAUGGACCAAGAAACAUACCACAAUUUAUUUUACAAAACAUUUCCAAUGUGAAACAAUCAUCUAAGGAAAGUGAAAAGCACAAGUAGUCCUAGCAUUGUACCAGUGCUCAGGUAAAACAGCACUAAAACUGUAAAUUUAACCCAAAUUAGCUGAGAGUUCUAAAGUGAUUAGGUGGCUAAAACAAUCACUGUUCCUUCCUGUCUACCUCAGGUGUUAGUCCAACUAGUCUACAGUUAAACUUUGAGGGCUUUUUUCCAUUUUUCUCCUAGUUUUUAAAGAAUGUGUCCUUCCCUUGUGACUGAAUUUCAAGACCAGUGAACCCUCAUUAACCAUGCACACAAUGGUAAUACUUGGGAAAUUCUAGAAGGGAGAUUAGACGGUUACCAUAACCUUCAAAAUCAUUUCUCUGUUUAUUUUUUUAUUUUAAUGUUCUUAUAGCAGGACAAUGCUGGAGCAACAGGUAAACUUGCCUGGCUAAUGUUCCUGAGUUGUAAUAAGGGAAAGCAGCUCUUGGAUGAGCAGGGAGUUAAAGAUGAAGACAUGAUGACAUGGUACCAUCGAAUCAUGACCGCAGACCUCAUCAGCUAUUUAAUUUCUUAUGCAUUCAUAAUAUUGUCUGUGACCACUGUGUGUGUUUUUAUAUUAUACAUUACUAAUAUAGCGUGUGUCUCAUAUUUCAAUUAUGUAAUUAUUAUUUCUAAUUUUACUUGCUUUUAUUUUUUGUAUGUUAUUACAGGGCUAUAACUGUGUGGGAAUGAAAAUGUGUUGGAAACCUAGGAGCCAGCGUUUUUAACAUGAUACCACUUGAUGUAGCAUCAUAUUAUUUAACGAAUGCCUUAGGUUAAGUUAUUAAUGUGGAGAAUACCACUUCUUAUAAUAACAAGAAUGUUUAUGGAUUUUAUUUUCGUAUCGGAGAUUUUGUAUUUAAAGCAAUUGUCCCUUUGCCUCCAGAGAAGCAUUAUAAUACAUGUCCGACAAUACUGUAUCUAACUACCUAAAAGUAAAGCACCUUAAUUUCUGAAGUCUCUGGAGAACCCGUGGCCUUCAUGGUUACGGUUUGCUCAAGCUCGCUCAUGGCCCACAGCGUUCACCUUCAUGCCUUCUGGCAGGCUCUCGGGCUAGUGCAGUGACUAUAUAUCAAUAUAUCAGCCUCAGGGAGAGGGCCUUUACCACGUCAUGCAAUCCAUAUCCAACACCACCCUGUAUUCAAUUGUUCCUGUAAAAAUUAAUAAAGUCUUUUAUUGGAAAAAAAAA